AUGACCGAAUCCAACUCAAAGGCAGCAAAAGAAUUGACAGAAAUUGUAAGUUUAUUUUCUGUAUAGCUUUUUUCUUACGCAUAUGGUAACAUUGGUAUCUGAGAUAUGAUCGUUUGUGUUGUCUCUCCCACAGAUGGAAGCAACGAUGCAGAAUCUCCACAGUACAUUUCAAAGCAUGUCUGACCAGAUUGUUUCAAAAAAUAUCCUUUAUCACACGCUACGACUAGCAACUGUUUUAUUGAAUGACUCGCUGCUAUUGAACGGUAUCUAAUAGCUACCAGUUGAGAUUAUAGUACGUAGAAACCAUACAUAUUCAAGCAAGACCUAAUUUCAAAAUUGCAGCUAUUUUUUUAUCAGAUUUAAAAAGGCUUUAUAUGAAAAUCCUAAUCCAGUGAAUUUUAGAAUAAAAUAUAAAUUAAAUUUAUUUUCUCUUAAAAUAAAUGUUUUAUGUACAACCUAACUAGACACAGUGUAUAAUAAUAUAACUACAUAUAUUGCAAGACUGCCCUUAACCAACCCACUGGAUGACAUGGGAACUAGAAUUGAUGACCUGGAGAAGAAUGUUGCUGAUCUCAUGACCCAGGCUGGUAUGGAUGAGCAGCAGACUUCUAAGUGA